GUGCACAUUUCAUAUUCCAGAGACACGUUGGAAUAGUGCCUGUAGGGGCUGGUGACAAAGUGGAUGUUGGGGGGCGAAGGCGAGAGAGAGGCGCGCCUGACGCAGGGAAAGGCGCCGAGGAGCGAAGGGAGCUGCCUGGGAGGGGAAAGUCUUUCCUCCAAAACCAGGGAAGCGCGGACAGCCCUGGGCGGCUCCCAUCCCGGUUGAAGCGCAGCCGCAGCCUCCGAAGAAGCCGGCAUGGAUGCAGGGAGUGGGGGAGAAGCCCCCUCGCCUUCCUCCUCCUCCUCGAGCAACCCCGAGGCCCCCCGCUCCGCCUUGACCAUGACCAAAGGGCUCUCCAUCUUCCAGGAUAUACUGAGAAGAGCAGACAAAAAUGAUGAUGGAAAACUGUCCUUUGAUGAAUUCAAAGCCUACUUUGCUGAUGGGAUCCUUCACAGGGAGGAGCUGCAUGAGUUAUUUCACACUAUCGAUGCACACAAUACAGACAAUCUUGACACUGAAGAACUGUUUGAAUAUUUUUCUCAGUACUUGGGAGAGUAUGAAAAUGUGCUGUCGGCUUUGGAAGACCUCAAUGCAUCUAUUCUGAAGGCAAUGGACACAACAAAGAAGACUUAUCAGGAGGCCUCCAAACUGGAACAGUUUGUGACCAGGUUUUUGCUGAAAGAAACCCUGAAUCAGCUGCAAUCUCUCCAUAAUUCUCUGGAAUGUGCCAUGGAAACAACAGAAGAACAAACGCGUCAAGAAAAACAACGCCCUGCAAAGCCAGAAGUCCUCAAAAUUCAGCAGCCAGGAAAACGUUUAAGUCGACGACUCCAGAGGAAUAACAGUUUUUCUCCAAACAGCCCUCUUCUUAACCAAGGUUGGCUGGAGGAAGACAACCAGUGGAUAACCCAAAUAGACAGACUUCAGAAGCUGAUUGACAGGCUGGAACAGAAGGAGUUAAAGCUUGAACCACUGGAAGAAGAGAUAUCAGAUGGAGACACUAAAUCUCACAUCAUGAUAGUUCAGCGCCAGAUGUCGGUAAUAGCAGAAGAACUAGAGAAGUUCCGAUUUGCUCUGAAGCAGUAUGUAGAUAUUGCCUCUUCUCAGGAUGGAUGUCUGCAUAUUUCCAUUCAGAAACUUUCAAGUGGAUCCCACUUUGUUGUUUAUGAAUUCUGGGAUGACAAUGCCUGGAACAGACACCUGCAGACUAAUUACAGCAAGACAUUCCAAAGGAGUAAUGUGGAUUGCUUAGAAACUCCAGAGCACAUAACAACAAUGCUAGUGCCUGCUUCCUGGUGGGUCCUGAAUAACAACUAGAAGCUUCAUUACAAUUACUUAAUAAUCCGUACAUGACUCCAAAAGAACACUAACAGAAUCAUUGUAAAGUCAAUAAAGUUAACAGAUGACAAGGUUUUACUUCAAUGGACACAGGCUCCCAUUUAAGAACAGAGCUAAACUGUACAAAUUCUCACAGCUGCUUUCAGGAAUGGUGUAAACUGAUCUUUUGUUUCAUAUGACUGUUUUUUGGUUUAUUUAUCUUUUUUAUUAUAAGUGUUAACUAUUUGUAAAGUACUGUAUCUUGUGAAUGUUUAGAAAUCAAGCAGAAUAUAACAUAAUAUUGCUUAUAAUAGUCACUGCUGCAUUUGCUUACUAAUUUGAUGUUCAAUAAAGUCAGCCCAACCACA